UCGGCAUUCCUCUGAAGAUGUGCCGUGUGCACCACAGCAGCUCAACCUGAUCAAGCCAGCGUCAGUGGAGGAGAGCUGAGACAGCAUGUUAGUGCUGCCAUCAGUCUGACUUUAAUACAAUUAUAUUUUCAAUAGCUCAAACAUCGUCUCUGUGCCGUAAGCAGUGGUUGUGAUUGACAGCGCAAUGGCACAAGUGGACACAGAGUUUGGUUUGAGGGACAGCAGCAUCAGCGGGGAGUGGAGUGGACAGGUCCAGCCUGCUCUGGUCGCCUCCGUCCUUUUCCUCUUCUGUCUGGAAGCCUGUCUGUGGGUCAGGAACCUCAGACUCAAGAGACGACUGCCGGGACCCUUCGCCUGGCCCGUGGUGGGCAACGCCAUGCAGCUGGGCCGGAUGCCUCACAUCACCUUCGCCAAGUUGGCCAAGAAGUACGGCGACGUGUACCAGAUCAGAUUAGGCUGCAGUGAUAUUGUGGUGCUGAACGGAGACAGGGCGAUUCGCCAGGCUCUGAUAGAGCACAGUGUAGAGUUUGCAGGAAGACCAAACUUUGUCUCUUUCCAGGUUGUCGCGGGGGGGAACAGCAUGACUUUCAACAAUUACAGCAAACAGUGGAAGAUGCACAGGAAAAUUGCCCAAUCAACAAUCAGAGCGUUCUCAUCUGCCAACAGCCAAACCAAGAAAGCCUUUGAGCAGCAAAUUGUGGCUGAAGCCACAGAGCUAGUUGAUAUUUUCCUUACACUCAGUGCCCAGGGCCAGUAUUUCAACCCCGCUCAUGAGCUGACAGUAGCGGCAGCAAACGUGAUUUGUGCCUUGUGCUUUGGAAAACGUUAUGGACACGAUGAUGUGGAGUUUAGAGCCUUGUUAGAGAGGGUGAAUCAGUUUGGACAGACAGUAGGAGCUGGCAGUUUGGUUGACAUGAUGCCAUGGCUCCGGUCUUUCCCCAACCCAGUUCGCAGUGUCUUUAAAAACUUCAUAAAUCUGAACCAAGAGUUCUUCACGUUCAUCCAGAGCAAAGUGAGGGAACACCGGGAGACAUUUGAUCCACGCGUGACGAGGGACAUGAGCGACGCCAUCAUUGGCGUCAUUGACAAAGCGGACGGUGACAGCGGACUCACCACAGGUCACACAGAGGGGACCGUGUCGGAUCUGAUUGGCGCAGGUCUGGAUACCAUCUCCACUGCCCUGUGCUGGAUUGUGCUUCUUCUGGCCAAACACCCAGAAAUCCAAACCAAACUCCAUGAGCUCUUAGACAGAGUGGUGGGCCCAGACAGGCUGCCUUCCACCGAGGACAGGAGCAGCCUGGCGUACCUGGACGCCUUCAUAUAUGAAACCAUGCGCUUCACCAGCUUCGUCCCGGUCACCAUUCCCCACUCCACAACCGCAGACGUCACCGUCGAUGGUCUCCACAUUCCCAAAGACACGGUGGUCUUCAUCAAUCAGUGGUCUGUCAAUCACGACCCUCUGAAGUGGAAGGACCCGCACGUCUUUUACCCGUCGCGCUUCCUGGAUGGAAGCGGCUCCCUCGACAAGGACAUCACAAACAACGUUAUGAUUUUCUCAGCGGGGAAGAGACGGUGUAUCGGGGACCAAAUUGCCAAAGUCGAGGUGUUUUUGUUCUUUGCCAUUCUGCUCCACCGAUGCAGAUUUGAGAAAUGUCCCCAUGAGGACCUGUCUUUAAACUGCUCGUACGGUUUAACACUGAGGCCUUUAGAUUACAAGAUUACUGCCAAAUCCAGACGAGAUCUCCCUAAAGUCAGAGAGAAAGCUGUCUGACUCUGUCUUUGAUUAUAAAAGAUUCAUGCAAUAUGAUUCCUAAAGUAAAUAUGAACGCUUGUAUAAUAGGAAAAUGUAGAGUAUAUUGUUAUUUCACCGGGGUACAAAAUACUAGAUUAAGUACUACAAGUAUGCAUCCUGAUAAGGGCACAAGGAAGCAAAUCAUAUCAGAUCUCAACGGCAAUUUUACUCCUCAACUGUGGAAGAAAACUCUGACUUUUGUUAGCAAUUAAUAAAUCAAUUAUUAAUCCAGUCACACAUUUAUCUGCAUAUGUAUUGCACCAUUGUCAGUGAGUGAAUAAAAAAAUACCACAUGCA